CAGACGAGCGAGUGUCAGUUGUUGAUUGAACUGUCACUGUCAAAAUCGCUACCAAAAUGGCACGUCAGCAAGAUGUUGAUGAAUUAUUUGAUGUUAAAAAUGCAUUUUACGUUGGAAAUUACCAACAAGCCAUUACUGAGGCUCUGAGUAUAACCCAAAUAUCCUCUCCCACGGUGAAGACGGAAAGAGACUCCUUCCUGUAUCGCUCGUACAUCGCUCAGGGGAACCACCGCAUUGUGUCUCAGGAGCUGAAGAAUGCUGAUGUCUUGUUGCAACCCUUGAAGACCUUGGUGGACUACCUGUCUCCGCAGGCCAACAAGCCGGCCAUCGUGGCUGACAUCGACGCCAGGGUGGCCAAAGGAUUGGAGUUACAAAAUGACAUCUUCUUGCUUGUAGCUGCAACUAUUUACUAUCAUGAAGAAAAUUAUGAAGCUGCACUCAAAAUCCUCCACGGGACGGAAUCCCUGGAGCUCCGUGCAUACACCCUGCAGUGUCUGCUGGCCAUGCAUCGCCCGGACCUCGCCAAGAAACAGCUGAAGAUACUGCAGGACCAGGAGGAUGAUAGUACUCUGACGCAGCUGGCGCAGGCCUGGCUUAACUUGUCUCAGGGUGGACCAGGAGUGCAGGACGCACACUACAGUGUGAUGGAGCUGACGGAGAGACUGGGCGCGCUGGGCGCCGCGCCCUCUGCUGUGGGCGCCGCUGCCGCUGCUUCUAGAGGCAUGUGGGAGGAGUGCGAGCAGACGCUGGUGGAGGCGCAGGCGCGCUCGCCGCACGACGCCGACCUGCUGCUGGGGCUGGCCGUGGCCGCCAGGCACAGCUCCAAGGCACCAGAGGUAGCCUCCCGUUACCUGGCGCAGUUGCUGGACAGCCACCCCUCACACCCGUUCACGAAGGAGUACCUCGCCAAGGGCAACGAGUUCAAGCGCCUCGCCGCGCAGUACCAGCCCGCUGUGUCUAGUUAGGGAGGGGAGGGGAGGGGAGAAGGGAUGGGGUUUGGGGAGAGUUUAGGGUGAUACUUUGUGUGGUACAGACAGGGCUUUAGUAGCUUUAGACUUUUGUACCUAGUCAAACUAACACACCGCUUGUUCAUUAAUUUAAACAGUGGUGGUUUGUGUGUUUGACAAGUUACUGUGUAUAGCAUAUAUGCUGAACAACUGAACAUACUAGGCACUUUCAUUACAUAAAAUAUAUGAGAGAAAAAAGGUGUAGUAAGCCGUAAGGUGUCAUCCUAAACGAGCUCUAACACAGCAAAUGGUCAUUCCGUGCAUUUGAAGAGAUAUGAGUAUGUAUUGAAUAAAGUUAUCCUAUUAUUUACCUAUGAUUAUAGAUUUAUCAAA